AUGGAGAAAUCCGAAAAAAAUGAUCUUACAUACGAAUGUACGAGACGAAGAAAAUAUUUUGGCCGACAAACGCUGUUCGAGGAUCACGGACCGGAAUUAUGUGUUAGUAUACCGUCAAACCCCGCGUUAUACAAACAUUAUAUACUUCGGAACCCAGUUAAUGUUGCUGUUCAAAACACAAGCACUAUGUCAGAACAUUGGGUUAACUCAGUUCGAGCUGAAUACACAAAUUCCGGUAUGAAUCACGUAGAAGGAGGAUGGCCUAAAGAUAUCAACAUGAACGAUCCGGAGGCAACUCAAAGAUAUCGUAGGAAAAUUGAAAAGGACGAUGCUUACAUACACGCCGUGAUGCAUCUUGGACACAGCAUGGAGCACAAUAUCCUACAAAACAACGCCAUUGACAUGUACCAGACAUACUAUUCUGAGCUGCCAUCCAUACCGCCAGUGGAACGCAGUAGCUGUCAUACAGUGAACGUGUACAGAGAACCCGGCACCCGGCGACCUAUCAGGUCUCUAUCUUGGCAGGUGGAGGGUGCAAGACUCGCUUCUGCCAGCGCUGAUGUUGACACUUUGAGGAAUAGUAGAAACUUGCAGUUUUCAUACAUUUGGGAUAUAGAAAACGCUAACGCUCCAGAAUUGAUAAUAAAGCCUCCGCAUCCACUGUUGGAUUUGCAAUAUAACCCGCGGGAUCAGCAUACUUUGGUUGGAGGAAUGAGCAACGGGCAGGUGGGUUGGUGGGAUAUGCGAAAAGGAGGCGAACCAGUAUCUAUUUGCCCACCGCACGUUGCACACAGAGAUCUAGUGCGGAAUGUAUUGUUUAUCAAUUCUAAAACGGGGGCUGAGUUUUUUUCGUCUUCUCCUGAUGGGACUGUGAAAUGGUGGGAUACUCGAAGUAUGAAUGAGCCAACGGACACUAUGAUCAUAGAUCUUGUGAAACUACCCUCAGAUAUACAGAGUAUAGACAGAGCGCUUGGAAUCUCCGCAUUGGAGUAUGAACCAACUAUACCGACGAGAUUUAUGGUUGGAACUGAAACAGGUUUGGUUAUAGGAGGAAACCGUAAAGGUAAAACACCUUUGGAAAAGUUACCAACUAAAUACGAAGCUCACCUGGGCCCGGUGUACGCACUUCAAAGAAAUCCAACAUUUCUCAAGAACUUUUUAACAGUCGGAGAUUGGACUGCCAGAGUAUGGAGCGAGGAUUGCAGAGAAUCCUCAAUAUUGUGGACAUAUUCGCACAAAACGAAGCUCACUGAUGGUGCUUGGAAUCCUAUUAGGUUCUCGCUGAUGUUAGUAACACAGUGGGAUGGAUGUCUGUCGUGUUGGGACCUGUUGCGUCGUCGGAGCGCACCCAUCGUGACCGCACAGCUCUGUGAUGAACCUCUGCUCAAGCUAAGACCACACGAAGGGGGUUUACUUGUGGCAUGUGGCAGUAGCAAAGGCACGAUAUACUUAGCCGAGUUAUCUCCUAACCUCGGGACAGCGGACAAGAAUGAUAAACAACUACUAACUCACAUAUUAGACCGUGAAAAUAAACGUGAACGUAUACUGGAGGCGCGCAUGCGAGAGUUGAGGCUGAAGAUGCGUCAAGAUCGCGACGGUCCGCCGCAAGUGGCCGAGUCGGACCCCACGGUGAACGACAGAGACCUGGAAGAGGCCACUGCCGACUACAUGCAGACUGUUAGCGAGCUUGAAGGACAACUGAAACCACUGUAGCUUGAUGAUGAAGAUGGAAGCAUACUAGUAAGCCCGGCCACGCUUCAAUAUCUGAA